GAACAAACAGGACAACAACUUAUGUGCCAUGUGGUAUGUGCCACUGAAUGUUUAAGCCACGGGAUCAGUACAACUGCUUCUUGGUCUGAAAGGUGAACAGCAUUCAUCGUGGCACAAAGGUUAGAAGAAGGUUAAUACUUUUCUUAGAAGAAAAUGUCUAAGAAAGACUCUCCCUCUCUACUGUUCAAGGUUAUCAGUGCUUGUAGGUUCACCUAGGUUCAACCCUUUGUUAUGCUGCUACAUCAAUAUGAAUUUCCCAACUCGGGAAUUAAUAAGGGGUUAGUAAAGGGUGUUAACAUCCAUAAAGCUUAAAUGACUUAUAGCCUACUGGGAUGACUGUUUCUUUAAUUUUCUUUUUCUGAACAGCGCAUAUAAAUAACACAAAGCGAACGCAAGUAUGAUUAAUAUUAGAUAUAUAAUUAUUUAUUAGAGAUGAUUAGAGAUUAAUAUUUUUCAUUUUUAAUCCGAGUGUGUUUUUUCAAUCUUCCUUGUGCUGCGCUUUAAAAUUGAAGUCGCUGUUUCUUUACGGAGAAGAUUUACAGUCGUACUCUUCAGCUUCCUGUUUUGUUUUUCUGUCGCUCGGCUUCGGGUAGACAUGGAAGAAUUUGCGAGGCGCGGAGACAGCCAGAGCCUCCCCGUGAUAAAACGCGCUCUCUUUAAACACCGGUGGACCUGUUAAACCCCACGGAAGAAGCGGGCAGCAGUACCGAGCCGCACCCGUCCCUGGUGUCCGCGACAUGGCUCUCAGCUCGGGCGGCUGGGCUCCACCAGCCCCGAUUCCUGCCUCGUCCCCACAGGCUACAUGCGGCGGCCCUGCACCUACCGCCUGCUGCAGUACCGUUUUAAUGUCCGUCCGUGUUUCGGUGUGCCAUUCCGGGAUCCGACCGCUGUACCUGCCCGGAGCGGGCAGCGAGGCUCUGCGCCUGCAGCUCAGCAUGGACCCGAGCCGGGCCGGAGAGUUCCGACUGGCUUUACGCGAUACAAGCGGAAACCGCAGUGUGUUUAUCGCAGAGUUUGACCUGCGCUCCGUGCAGUAUGAGGUCAAGUCCUCUCGUUGCCAUGAGAUGCGUCUUGUUGCUCCGCCUCAUGACUGCAUCCGCUUCAACUUCCGCUGCGACCGAGAGGCCGAGGAGUGGGCCACCGUGAUGAUGUCUUCACUAAGAGAGGCACACAGAGUUGCAAAUGUGGAUACAUACGAAUCAGACGGCAAACAGAACAACACGGCAGCGGCGAAGGAGCAGUGGAGCUCAGCCUCGCUCCCGCUGAGCGAGGAGCUGUGUUUGGAGCUCACCAGGGCAAUCGAAGCCGGUGACACGCAAGCUGCUUCACAGCACGCAUCCGCGCUGGCUCGACAGAAAGCGGCGCUGACGAUACAGCUGUCAGAAAAAAACUACGCAGAUGGGGAAAUCGGUUUAUCUGUGGUGGUGGAGGAUGUCUCGUCAUCCUGUUGUGUCACAGUGAAAGUGUUUCCCUACAUGACUGUGGCUGCACUCAAGCAACAGGUAUUUCUCGAGUACGGUUUCCAUCCUCGCGUCCAGCGCUGGGUGAUCGGUCAGUGUUUGUGCACCGAGCCGAGGUCAUUAGCUUCCUACGGGGUGCAGAAGGAUGGUGAUACAGCGUACCUAUACUUGAUCUCUGCCCGGCAAGCCCGGAUUACCCGCCAGCUGUUCCAGCAGGACCUGGAGAGUGCCCUACUCACCACACCCCUCCCCCCAGGCAACGGGCCCACCUCCCAGGACUGGAGGGGUUACAACACCCUCCCCUCGAGGCUUCCCCACAACAACCAGGGUACAGGUGGAGGGAGCGACAGACCAGGUGACAUCAAAGAUGUUCUCGACAUUGAGAAGCUGCAGCUGAAUGAUCAUACCAGCAAAGCGAGUAAAACACAGCAGACAGAGUGGGCGUGUCCCUCGUGCACUUUCAUCAACAAGCCAUCUCGCCCCGGCUGCGAGAUCUGCGCCACAGCCAGACCUGACACACAGAGCUUUAUCCAGCAGGAGAAAGGAAGGCGAGAGGAUCGGGGAGAGUCUGGUUUAAGCAGCAGCUGACUGCCCUUCAUCACUGUCCGGUUUUCACUUCUCACUCACUCGCACACACACAUACAUACACACAGAGUGAGAAGGCUAAUUCUGCCACUUACAUGUUGACAAAAUACUUACAUGAAGCCUGUCAAGUGCACUGAGAGUCCUCUGACAGCUGGCUGGCUGCUGAAGACGGGGCCGUUUGAAGCGCUGUAGCAUGACGCAGAGCUGCACCCUUCGCUGCUCAGACGAUGAACUGCUGACACGAAGCUUUGACAGUUUAUAUGGACAUGACCUGACCAUGACAUACAUCUGCAUCAGGCCAGAUCUCCUUGCUAUUUAUUUUAGUGUGUGCGUGUGUGCGUGGGUGUUAGUGUGUGUGUGUGUGUGUGUGUGUGUGUGUGUGUGUGUGUGUGUGUGGGGAGCAAGCAACACAGACAGCCUAAUAUUUAUUUUAGGUGGGAGGAGAAGGGAGGUAAAUUUGAUUGGAGCUGAAUUUGUGGAAAUGUCAAACUCCGGUGUCUGCCAACUGUGAAGUGAUAAGAAAGGUUGAAGCCUUGUGCAAUACCCUAUUCUGUCUGUUAAUAUGACAUCUGUUGGUGCCAAAAGAAUAUUAAGUGUUUUUAAAAUAAAGAAGCAGCAGUGGCUGUGAAGAGAAGGAUUUGUGAUGCAUUUACAGGGUUGUUGAGUGCUUUUAUUUUUGUAUAACAUUGUAUUACAUGUAUUAUUUUUACCAGAGGAGCAUUGAGUAAUUGUACAUUUUAGCAGCUGAUCUAAUUUGUUUCUUUGAGAUGUGACAGCAAAAGAAUGAUCUGUUUUCAGUACAUAAUACUGUAAAAGCUCACAUUAUCUGAAUAAACAAAAUGGAAUUAAAACAAA